GAAUAAAAGGGGGAAGAAAGAAAAGAAAAGAGAUUGAGCUCCAAAGGGUCGAUGGAAUAAAUGUCUGAAUCAGCGAGGAACAUGAGGUCUCGUCCUCACAAAUCUUCUAGGCCAUGACAAGAAUUGCCCCGUCUUUGAUCGGAGCUGGAGAACCAGGCAUGCCGUCAUAAUUCUUGGCUCAUGAACAAAAGGAAACUCUACUAGCGUUAUAAAAUGGAGUGUCAUUGUACUUGAAAAGGCCAGUACUCCUUUGAAUGUUUCCGGGAGGCCUCUUAUCCUCAUCGACCUUCUAAACAAGAGAGAGAGAGAGAGAGAGAGAGAGAGAGAGAGAGUCUUCAUCCUCGCAAUCGGCCGCAAAAAUGGCGAAAAUCGCACUGGGAAACAGCCGUGAGGCCACUGAGCCGGACUGCCUCAAGGCCCUUGUCAUCGAGUUCGUCGCCACCUUCCUUUUCGUCUUCGCUGGAGUUGGAUCUGCCAUGGCCGCCGAGAGGCUAGCGGCAGAUGCUUUCGUGGGGCUGUUUGGCGUGGCUAUGGCGCAUGCGCUCGUGGUGGCCGUGAUGAUAUCGGCCGGCCACAUCUCCGGCGGCCACCUCAACCCUGCCGUGACACUCGGCCUCCUUUUCGGCGGUCACAUCACCGUUGUCCGAUCGGUCCUGUAUAUGAUCGACCAGUUGCUUGCCUCCGCUGCAGCUUCUUUUCUUUUGCAGUAUCUCACUGGGGGACUGGCUACACCAGUACAUACCCUUGGGAGUGGAAUGACCUACCUCCAAGGGAUAAUAUGGGAGAUUGUCCUGACGUUUUCCCUGCUGUUCGCCGUCUAUGCCACCAUUGUGGACCCCAGGAAGAGCUCACAGGGGGCCCAAGGCCCGAUCCUCGUUGGGCUUGUCGUCGGUGCCAACAUCCUGGCCGGCGGAGCCUUCUCCGGGGCCUCGAUGAACCCGGCCCGCUCCUUCGGGCCUGCCCUGGCGAGCUGGGAUUGGACCGACCACUGGGUCUACUGGGUCGGACCCCUCGUUGGUGGUGGCCUUGCCGGGUUGGUUUACGAGAACUUCUUCAUCUGCCGAUCUCACGAUCUCCUUCCGACUGCUUAGGCUUUCUAAUUCUAAGUGAUGUUUGUAAUCGGACGUAUGUAUGGUGGGCUUUGAAUAUUACUCUGGUAGUCCAACCCAGUCUAUGUAAAAAUCCCGUGUUGCUAUGAUGCUGAAUGAAAGUUAUGUCGUGAAAUCCAUUUGCAAUCA